AAAUCCCCUGAUCUACACUGUGUGCUUUGCUCUGCCUGGCAAUUGCUUUUGUUGACAUUCCACCAUGAGUGCGGCUUUGCUCCGGAGUCGAGUGGCCAGUGUAUCGCUACCGGUGCAGCAUGGCCGGUUACGUGCGAUUCACGCUGCUUCUCGUCGCAGACCUGUCGCUGUCACACGGUGCCUAAGCCGCUGUCCGCCGUCGUAUGGAGUCCGCCUGCAAUCGUCGGUGUCGGAAGGCGUCGAGAAGAAACCGCGGUCUCGGGCGGUGACGUGGAUGUACACGUUCUUUGCGUACAGCGGGUUCUUUAUCUUUAUGAGUGGUGCCGUGGUGGUAGCGUUCUUCGUCUACGAUGCGACUACGUAUCGCGAGGAUCCGAGCGCUGAGGAUAUCCCUGUCUCGGAAUUGGCGUUGAACCCCCGUCGUGGCGGACCCAAGGACUUGCCGAUUGCGGAGUUUCUGGUCGGAGACCAUGACUCGGAGCAGAUGGCUGCGCAAACCGAGAAGCCCCGGCUGGUGAUCCUGGGCACGGGCUGGGGCAGCGUGGCGCUGCUCAAGACGCUCAACCCGGACGAUUACCACGUCACCGUGGUCUCGCCCACAAACUACUUUCUGUUCACUCCGAUGCUGCCAUCUGCCACUGUCGGGACGUUGGGGCUCAGGUCGCUGGUUGAACCCGUCCGGCGGAUUGUACAGCGUGUCCACGGCCAUUUCCUCAAGGCGGAGGCUGUUGACGUCGAGUUUUCCGAGAAGCUUGUUGAGGUUUCCCAGCUGGAUGCGAGUGGCAACAGGCAGAACUUCUAUCUUCCGUACGAUAAACUUGUGAUCGGUGUCGGCUGUGUGACGAACCCGCACGGUGUGAAAGGCCUCGAGCAUUGCAACUUCCUGAAGACGAUCGAUGACGCCCGCCAGAUCAAGAACAAGGUGCUGGAGAAUAUGGAAAUUGCCUGUCUACCGACCACGAGUGAUGAGGAACGCAAGCGUCUUCUUUCCUUUGUUGUCUGUGGAGGCGGCCCGACUGGUGUCGAGUUUGCUGCGGAACUGUUUGACCUGCUCAACGAGGAUCUACUUCACUCUUUCCCCAAAAUCGUACGAAAUGAGAUCUCCGUUCACAUCAUUCAAAGCCGCGGCCACAUCCUGAACACCUAUGACGAAGCGCUUUCCAAAUACGCCGAGGCUCGUUUUGCGCGGGACCAUGUCGAAGUAUUGACGAAUGCUCGUGUCAAGGAGGUCCAAGCAGAUAAGGUUCUCUUCGAGCAGACAGAAAAUGGUCAACCGGUUGUCAAAGAAAUUCCGAUGGGAUUUUGCCUCUGGUCUACAGGUGUCUCUCGGGCAGCGAUCUGCAAGAAACUGUCUGAUAAGCUAGAGGCACAAAACAACAAACAUGCUCUCGAGACGGACUCGCAUCUUCGACUGAUCGGUGCUCCUCUGGGCGAUGUCUAUGCUAUCGGUGACUGCUCGACCGUGCAGAACAACGUCAAGGAGCACAUUGUCUCUUUCCUGCGUACCAUUGCCUGGGAAAAGGGCAAGGAUCCGGAGAAGGUGCACCUCACUUUCUCCGAGUGGCGAGAGGUUGCCAACCGGGUGAGGAAGCGCUUCCCCCAGGCCUCCAACCAUCUCCGCCGCCUGGACCGACUCUUCGAGCUGUACGACAUUGACCACUCCGGCACCCUCGACUACGGGGAGCUGUACGAGCUUCUGCACCAGAUCGACACGAAGCUCACCUCGCUUCCUGCGACUGCUCAACGAGCCCACCAGCAGGGCGAAUACCUAGGCCGUAAACUGAGCAAGAUCGCGGCGGCACUGCCUGGCUACCGUGCCAACCAAAUCGACUACGGUGACCUGGACGAGACGGUGUACAAGGCCUUCAAGUACAGGCACCUGGGGAGCUUGGCCUACAUCAGCAACGCAGCCAUUUUCGAUUUCGGAGGGCUGAAUUUCAGCGGCGGGGUUCUCGCCAUGUACCUGUGGCGCAGUGUCUACUUUGCGCAGAGCGUCAGCUUCCGCACUCGUUGUAUGCUGGCUAUGGACUGGGCCAAGCGAGCUCUUUUUGGAAGAGAUCUCAUGAGCUUUUAGAUACCCAUCAAUUGUUUCUGUUACCUUUCACAUGUUGAAUAGGAAGACACCAUCUACCUAUUUGACAUGUGAUUUUUUUUUUCUCUCCUUUGUAAUGAUGGAAUCUUGGGUCCCCCUUCCCUGUCUGAUGUGUUAUAUAUAUAUAUCUACACCUAUAUGUUGUAGUUAAACCUUGCUUUCUCUCUUUGCCGUGAUGAUGUGGAAAUGAAGAUAUGAUAUCAAUAAUA